AUGUCCAAAGACUUUGGGAGUGAAGCCCCAUUGUCAAAAAUUGCAGUCUCCAAAGCUCAUGGAGAGGACUCCCCAUACUUUGCUGGUUGGAAAGCUUAUGAAGAAAAUCCUUAUGAUGCUGUAGAUAAUCCUAAUGGAGUUAUACAGAUGGGCUUGGCUGAGAAUCAGCUUUCUUUUGAUCUACUGGAAGAGUACCUGGAGCAGCAUCCUGAAGCUUCCAGCUGGGGCUCUGGCAUGUCUUCUUUCAGAGAAAAUGCUUUGUUUCAGGACUAUCAUGGCCUCCAAACUUUUAGAGAGGCAAUGGCCAGCUUUAUGGAGAAAAUAAGAGGCGGCCGUUCAAAAUUCGAUCCCAACAGGAUCGUCCUCACCGCCGGAGCCACCGCCGCCAACGAGCUCCUUACCUUCAUCUUAGCCGAUCCCGGCGACGCCUUACUCGUGCCCACUCCCUAUUACCCAGGGUUCUUGAGAGACCUGCAAUGGAGAACUGGAGUUACCAUCUUCCCUGUCCAUUGCCACAGCUCCAAUGGCUUCCAACUCACUCUCGCCUCCCUCGAAUCAGCCUACGCCGACGCGAAAGCUUCCAACUUUAAUGUAAAGGGUCUUCUAAUAACCAAUCCCUGCAAUCCUCUCGGCACCGCGGCCUCUCUCUCUCUCCUCCAAGAUAUAAUUCUCUUCAUCUCUGACAAAAACAUCCAUUUGAUCUCCGACGAGAUAUACUUUGGCUGUGCCUUCUCUUCAACAAACUUAUUCAGCAUUUCAGAUCUCAUCACCGAUGCCGUCUCUGACCAAAUUCAUAUUGUUUAUAGCUUAUCAAAAGACUUAGGCCUUCCUGGUUUCAGAGUUGGAGCUCUAUAUUCUUACAAUGACAGAGUUGUUAAAACAGCAAGAAGAAUGUCAAGUUUCAGUCUUGUUUCUUCUCAGACUCAAAAGUUGCUAGCUUUUAUGUUAUCAGAUGAGGAAUUUACAGUGAAUUAUAUAAAGAAGAAUAGAGAGAGAUUGAGAGAGCGAUAUGAAUUAGUUGUUGAAGGAUUGAAGGAAGCCGGGAUUGAGUGUUUGAAAGGGGAAGCUGGAUUGUUCUGCUGGGUGAAUAUGGAAGAGUUGAUGGACGAUAAGACGCAGGAAGGAGAGCUGAGGCUUUGGAAGGUGAUAGUUGAUGAAUUGAAGCUUAACAUAUCUCCUGGAUCUUCUUGUUGCUGUUCUGAACCAGGUUGGUUCAGAAUUUGCUUUGCUAAUAUGAGCAGAGAAACGCUGGAGGUGGCGUUGAGGAGAUUGAAGGAUUUUGCUCACAAGAAGACGAAGAAUAUUUACUUGUGUUGA